CGUGAUGAAAAUCACUCGUAUGGAAUAAGUAUCGUUGGAGGAACAGUUAACGUGUCAGAUGAUGCUGUUGUGUCCGGAAUAUUCAUCAAGAACAUCAUAAGAAACAGCCCAGCGGAUAAAUGUGGAUUAUUAAAGGUGCUUCUGGUCGGGGAGGUACGUCUCGAGCGUCUGUUUACCAAGGAGGUGCGGCACAAACAGCGUCUGUUCUAGCAUCCAGCGGCUGAGUAUGAAAUGCUCCUCCACCGGAAGCUAUACAUAAGGUGGCAGCCGAGGCUUUCCACGGACCAGCACGAACCCAUUUUAAUCGAUGUUUUUUAAUCUACUUGAUAUUUUUGUAUACUAUUCCUUUUUAUGUGAGAAACCAUUUUUUCAUAUCAAAAGUUCAUAUUUUGUCUCGACUAACUUUCAAAUAGAGCCUAUGAAAAAAUGGAACACAAGCAAAUACAAAAUUAUAACACGGAAACGGCUAGUUCGAUCGGAAAGGUGUCUUAGCAUAGUUGUAGAAUAAUAUAUGGCGGAUCUCAGAAAAAUACACAUUGAAAAAUUUAUUUAGUUUUUCUUCUGACAAACUGAAUUUUGUUACUAAAAAUUAAAUAUCUCAAAAAGCUAUUUUUUUACCUUCGUGUUUUUUGUGAGAAUAAAGUUCAUUCUGUUAUCUAUCAUCUGUAAAAUUUUUAUAGUGGUAAAAAAAUGUAUAAAAAAGUUAUGGCACUUUAAACAUUUUUGGUUGCGUGUUUUUUUUAGAGUUCAUGUCGAAUUUCCCGCAAAGGGGGCGUCCAUAAAUUACGUAGCUUUUUUUGAGCGAUUUUUAAUAACCCCCUCCCCCCUCGUAGCAUUUCGUCACAAAUUCAGAUACCCCCCUCUAUAAAUGACGUAGCUUGGUAAACACCCCCCCCUCCUCAACAAAAUUUUCAUGUAAAAAAACUCGAACUUCUGAUUUCAAUUUUAACUUGUAUGUUAAUAGAAUGGGCCUUUUCAUUUGACGUCUUAAAUCAGCUGAUUGUUCGGGCGUUUGACAGUUCUUCUAUGAAGAUGACACGUUCUUGUUAGCAGCUGUUGUUCAAGCUUUGUAAACAAAUGCAUGCACGGAUCUGUCACAUGAAAAGGCCUAUAUUAAGAAAAAACAAACAACAAUAGCAAGAAAACAUUGCCGACUGCCAGGAUGAGAUCGCCGACAUCAAGACCAUAGGUGCAACCAGCGGAGAUUAUCACCAAAGCUAAUGAUUCAAUAAACCACCCAUCGUACUGCUUGAUGUCGAAGAACCGGAGAUUGAUGCUCCCAAUACCAAAUUAGCCUAGAAGCUCUUCCGAAGAUAUUAGUUUCUCACUAAUAAAUCUAUUAAGAUUAUCAAAUUGGUUUUAUUUGAAUAAAAUUCAUCACGACAUUCGAAGGACCCUGCAGGAGUUUCUUCUUAAAUUCUUACAGCAGUUAAUUUUGGAAUUCCUUGAGAAGUUUCUUUUGGGAUUCCCAUUUCUGAGAAUGUCUCUCUUUUUAGCUCCUCCAGCACUUCCUUCUGGGAUUUCUCCAUGGAUUUUUUUGGGAUUCCAUUAGAGAAUUCCUCUUUAUUGUAUUCCUUCAGAGGUUCCUUCAAAGAUUCUUCCAAUAAUUCAUUCCGGAGUUUCUUCUUAGAUUCUCUCAAAAGCGCCUUCUGAGAUUUCUCCAGGAGUUUUCUUUCCUUAGGUUUUUCUAAAAGUUUAUCCAUGGUUUCCUUCAGGAGUUCUUUUAAGGUUUUCUUCUCCUCUCUUCCACCAGCAGUUCCUUUAGACAUUUCUACAGGAAUUUUAACCGGAAUUGCUUUUGAGAUUCCAUCAAAACUUCUCUCUGUGUUUCCUAAACAAGUUUCUUUCGGGAUUCAUCCAGGAGUUCCUUCUUGGUUUCCUUCAGGAAUUCACUCAGAUAUUCAUUCCAAGAUCUCUGCAGGUAACCCCUCCGGUAUUCUUUCAAAAUCCAUCCAGGAGUUGCUUCUGGGAUUCCUCCAGGUGUUCUUUUUUAGAUUCCUUCAGGAAUUCCUUCCUGGAUUCUUCUGGGAUUCCUCGAGGAAUUCCUUCUAGGGUCAUCCAGGAUUUUUUAUCCAUGGAUUCCUUUAGUAACUUUUUCCGGCAUCCCUCUAUUCAAUCCAUCCAGGAUUCCUCCAGGAUAUCUUAUAACUCUGCGGAGAAUCUCUUUUCGGAUUCCUCCAAUAGUUGCUCCUGGAAUUCAUCCAGGAUUUUCUUUCUUAGAUUUCACCAGAGUUAUAUCCGUGAUUCCCCAAAAGAAAUUCCUUACGGGAUUCUAUCAAUUAUUUCUUCCGUGCUUUCUUCAGAAAUUAAACCAGGAGUUCCUUCUGACAAUCCAUAAAUAUCUCCUUCUAAGAUUCUUCCAGAAGUUUUUUCAAGAUUUCUUCAAAAGCUUCACCUAGAAUUGCUCCAGGUACUCCUCACGGAAAAUCUUUUGAAAUUUCUUUAUUUCCUUUCAAGAUUGUUCCAGGAGUUCCUUCUGAAAUUCUUCUGGAAGUUCCUUCAGGGAUUCCUCCUGAGAUUCCUCCGGAUACUUAUGGAAUGUUUUCAGAAGUUUUUUUCUGGGAUUCCCAGUAGGAAUUCCUGUGCAAAUGUUAUCCUGCUCCUGUUGGGGAAACCUAUAAAGAACACAAUGAGAAAUUCCUUACAAAGUUGCUACAGGAGCCCCUUCAGAAAUUGUUGGAUGUAUUCUUCGAGAAAGUCCUGUAGAAACUAUAUAAGGAACUCCUGGAAUAAUGCCGUAAUGCCAAAAACUUAGAAAAAUUUUCCUUUGCAACCUUAGCGGCGAGCAGUACCCUAUAGCAAGCAGCAAAAUAUUGGUCUUGAGAAGCAUUUGAGCGAAAUUGAUUUUUAUCUGCAAACACAAUACAUUAUUCUGUACGCCGGGUUUUAAAACCACUUUCACAGAUACAGUUGUCACGUUCGAUAGCUGCUUGUCUUAUGAAAUGAAGCCGGCAUUCAUUUCCAUUAUUUGUUAUUUACAUUAAUGUGAAUGGAAAAAAAAAAAUCAUGCAAUAUAUUUUUUUUUAUUUACUGGAUAAUAAUACUUAAUGCAAGUUAAAAUUUCAUUAAUUAUGAAAUAUUUUUUUCAAUAGGCCUAGUAGAAAGCUACGUAGCAUAUCACUAACCCCUACCCCCCUAUCGUCACACUUCGUCACAAAAUCACAAACACCCCCCUACCCCCCAAAAGCUACGUCAUUUAUGGACGACCCCAAACUAGAUUUUGGGGUUGGCAGCACCCUCUCAGAUUUCAAUGGAAUUGUGUAGGUAUGAAGACUAUGUACUUUAAAGCAACGUUGCAUACCUUGUCGUUUUUUUAUUUAUCUACACUAAUAUUUGAAAAGGGCUUAAGUUUUUGGUCAUUUCUUUUAUACCAAUGUAACUUAAAAAUAACAUGACCUACAAAAAAGUGUGGUAUGUGUGACUUUAAGGAAUUUGUGUGAACUUACAAGUGAAAAAUUGAAAUAUUGAAAAAACGAUCACGCUAAAAAAAGUUAAAAAAACUGAAGUCAAUUUAUAAUACAUGCCCAUUUGGGAAAUUAAAUUAAUCCUAUUUCGGAGAACCAAACCCCACACCAACCAUUAAGAAUAGAAUUCAAAAUGUAUCAAUGUAAUUACGUUCGAUAGCUGCUUGUCUUAUGAAAUGAAGCCGGCAUUCAUUUCCAUUAUUUGUUAUUUACAUUAAUGUGAAUGGAAAAAAAAAUCAUGCAAUAUAUUUUUUUUUAUUUACUGGAUAAUAAUACUUAAUGCAAGUUAAAAUUUCAUUAAUUAUGAAAUAUUUUUUUCAAUAGGCCUAGUAGAAAGCUACGUAGCAUAUCACUAACCCCUACCCCCCUAUCGUCACACUUCGUCACAAAAUCACAAACACCCCCCUACCCACCAAAAGCUACGUCAUUUAUGGACGACCCCAAACUAGAUUUUGGGGUUGGCAGCACCCUCUCAGAUUUCAAUGGAAUUGUGUAGGUAUGAAGACUAUGUACUUUAAAGCAACGUUGCAUACCUUGUCGUUUUUUUAUUUAUCUACACUAAUAUUUGAAAAGGGCUUAAGUUUUUGGUCAUUUCUUUUAUACCGAUGUAACUUAAAAAUAACAUGACCUACAAAAAAGUGUGGUAUGUGUGACUUUAAGGAAUUUGUGUGAACUUACAAGUGAAAAAUUGAAAUAUUGAAAAAACGAUCACGCUAAAAAAAGUUAAAAAAAAUUGAAGUCAAUUUAUAACACAUGCCCAUUUGGGAAAUUAAAUUAAUCCUAUUUCGGAGAACCAAACCCCACACCAACCAUUAAGAAUAGAAUUCAAAAUGCUUUUAUCUAAAUCUAACCCAACAUAAAAUGGUUUUUUUUUUUUUUUGAGUCAAACCAAUUUUUGGGUACCAAUUUUUAUACGUGGAUUUUCACAUAUUAAUAUUGAACAUAGCUUUAUAUGUUUUAAUUAUAAAUCUAUCCAAUACAAAGAAUAUAAUUUAGGAUUCUCGUUUGAAUCAGAAUACCAGAUCUGUUACACAGAAAUUCAGAAUAUCAACCAGAAGUCGAAUUUCAACUUAAAAGUUUCCUUGUUCAUAGGAGAAUGAAAUAAAUACUUUGCAUUAGAUAGACUUGUGAAUCAAACAUAUGGAGCUAAGUUUAAUUUAAUAUAUGAAAAUAUCUGUAAAGAAUGCCCUGGAUAAAAACUUUUGUUUUCACCUGAAGAGAAACACGCAAAAUGAUGACAUGAAGUAUUUGUUGUUAGGAACCGUUUAUUAAAGACGUAGCAUUUUAGGGGAAUUUUAUGAUAUUGCUAGGAGCCUUCAAUUUGGUAUGGGUACUUUAAGAUGGGAGAAGCUGUCAAAAAAUGUCCACUAAUGCUACCGUGAUUUCGGAUGCAGCGAUAUCACCGACAAACUGACGUGGUGGCUAGUGCAACGGAUCGUGAAAUGCGCGUCCAAAAGUUUAAAUUAAAAACCGUUGAAACACUAUCGCCAUCUGUUGAUUUUCGUUCAGAAGUAUUUUAAUCGAACAACAUCGAGCACUCUUAAAUAAUACCGCGCAUACGUGUGUUGAAAUGGAAAGAUUUUCCAAUGUUAAACGAUGCUCUUUAAAAUGACAAUAAUUACCCAUACUCCUCAUGUUUAUCGAAAAUAAGUAAAAUCAAUUAAUUUUGUUCUGAAUGUAACUUUUUGUAAGUGCAAAAUGCGAAAUAUGUUGAAUGUGCAAUUUUCAACUAUGUUUUCAGUAGGGCAUUUCAUUCUAGCUCCCCCUAUCCCCAUUUGACAGACGAACAUCGAAAUCCAACUCGCGCGCGCAUGAUCACCGACGGAGACAGGUAGCCAAAGAAGAACUUACAUAAUAUAACAUACAUAGCAUCAGACCACAUAUCGCGCGGCCGCAAGAGCUAGACAGCGUACGCAUCACUAAUGGACCAUGUACGAGUUAGAUAGUAGGGUAGUGUUAAGCACGAAUGUAGUCACUGAUCUUCCCUGUUGGAAUACUCCGAUGUAUACAGAAUAAAAGCAGUGUUAGAAUUAACCUGCUUGUUUUUGGUUUACCAGCGUAUCCGAGAGGACAAGAGAGAAGGACAUUUUCCUUUCUCUUUAUCCAUUGGAAUCACGCUAAUAAGAAAGAUUUCCCCAGCGACUUCCACAGCCUUCAUGCAAUAGAACCUGCCCUCAGGUCGGAAAGUUUCCACUGAGUUUGAUAAGGAGUUUGACAUCAGGUGGUGAAUAUUCCCACUGAGUGUUAUUCCUUAACACGCCCUCAGGUGGUGAUUGUUCCCACUGAGUAUAAAACUCAACAGGUUAUGGGCCCAGGCCACGGUUCGCUGGGAAAACCGUUUUUGAAUACUUGAUUUUUUUUCUCAGAACAUAUUAUGGACGGACGGUUGAAGAGGGUAAUUGUACCUCUAUUUAAAGGGGACGAAAAAUCCUUUCCGUUUUGGAGGAAACGGAUGGAACAACACUUAAAAUACGAAGGACUAUUGCACACUCUGGAGAGAAUCCCUCCGGAAGAAGACUUUGCGCAGCCAGCUGCUAACGAGACAGCAGAUCAAGAAACUGCUCGCAAAGCUAAGUUAGAAAAACGUCUAAAAGAAGAUGACGCAGCCGUGAACGAAUUUUGGAUGGCACUGGACGAUGAUGCCAUGGGGCAAGUCUUCCAAUGCCAGUACGCAAAAGAAAUAAUGGAUCGCCUCGCCGAGCUGUACCAGAGCCAUGGCACGACAGCCAUGCUGGGCGUGCGUGCUCGCUUAUAUACUUUGCGCAUGGAAAACUUCGCAUCACUGAAGGAACUGUUCGCUCUCCACUCUGAACUGAUUCGCCAGUUGGGCAGUAUGGAAGAGGCCGUACCACAUAAAGAAGUGGUUGACACAUUAUUAGUGGCUAUUCCAGACAAGUUUAAGCACGUGUUGGGAGCACUGUCAGUGAUUAGGAAAGAAGAAGUAUAUCGGAUGACAAAGGAGCAGCUCCAGAGAAUCUUUCUCGACGCAGAAGAAAACGUAAGUCAAGCCGUCAGUCGAUCGGACAAAAGUGUGAACCGAGGAGGAAGCCAACCAGUCGCAACGAUGGCCGUCUGCUUUGAAUGCAGCCGGCCUGGCCACAAGCAACGCAACUGCUUCGCCCGGCGUCGUCGCCUGGCAAUGGAGCACAGAAUGGGAGCCGUGAACUUGGGGGACAACCGCGGUCCAGCUCCACGUGCCGCAGGAGCGGGAGGACGCGGUGGCAACGGCGAAGGACGGAACGAAAGAAAUAACGGAAACAACCGCCGGAUGGCUCUGCUCGCAAAUGCAGCAGGAGCACGCGCCGGAAACCAAGCCAACGGACGUGAAGGAAACGACGUGAACAACCGCCGGAUGGCCCCGCUCGCAAAUGCAGCAGGUGCACGCACUGGUGAUCAAGCUGACGGACGUUACCGGAACAACGCCAACGAGAGGGACGCGGUAGCACUGCUCGCAAGGCAAGAGGGGGCCUUUAUGGUGCAAAUCCCUUUGCCUGUGCAGGACGCAGGGGCUGCAGCGGCCGAAGAGUCAGUCGACGCCGUUCGCGAUCGACGGGUGCGCGAGAUGGACCUCGACAAGAUGCCAGUUCCGUUCCCGAUCAUACUUGAUUCGGGGGCAACACGUCACAUGGCGUACGACAUCGAGCUGUUUAACCGCCUCUGGGACGCCCCGGAGCUACAGGUCGGAACAGUCAAAGAUGGGGAAGUGCUGAAGUGUUGCAAAAUGGGAGAUAUCAUACUGAGAAAUAAUAAACGCCAGCGUUUGGAAGUUUACGAUGUGCUUUUCAUUUCUGACUUGAAUGCAAAUAUCCUUUCUGUGUCUCAAAUUGAAGAAACAGGUAAGUCGAUUCUGUUUCGCAAUGGUGGAGUCGAGAUCAGAGACAGAGAUGGCUUUGUAUUAGUAACAGGGAGGAGAGUCAAUGGGCUCUAUCACCUGGACCUGUAUCCGGACAGCGAAAGCGUGUGCUUGGGUAAGGUUUUGGAAAAGCAAAGGUUAUGGCACUGUAGGAUGGGACACUUGAAUGAAGCUUGUUUGUGGAAGAUGGCCAAACAGGGUAUGGUUGAGAGGUUGGAUCUAGAACCAUCAGCUAAGGGCCAAGAUCCAAUUGUUUGCGAGCCGUGUAUCAUGGGGAAACAGACUCGGGAAGCAUUUGACAAGUCGUUCAAGGUAAGGUCCAAUAGGCCACUGGAAUUGGUCCACUCGGAUGUGUGCGGUCGGAUGGCCGAGAGUACCUAUGAUGGGCAUGAGUAUUUCGUGACAUUCAUAGAUGAUUACACACAUUUUGUUUUUGUGUAUUUGAUGAGGUACAAGAGUGAAGUCCUGGAUAAAUUCAAGCAUUUUGAAGCUUUGGCCACUGCCCAAUUUUCUGUGAACAUUUCAAAGUUACGAUCAGAUAAUGGAGGAGAGUAUUUCAGUAGAGAAUUCAAAGCUUUCUGUGAAGAAAAGGGAAUCCAAAUGUUGCCGACUGUACCCUACACUCCCCAGCAGAAUGGGGUGAGUGAGAGGAUGAAUCGGACAUUAAUGGAUAAAGUGAGAACCAUGAUGCAUGAAGGAAAUGUUCCUAUGUAUUUGUGGGGUGAAGCGUUAUAUACUUCGGCCUUUCUCACUAAUCGCAGCGCGACAAAUGCGCUGACUGAUUCCAAAACUCCCUACGAAAUAUGGUUUGGGAAUAAACCCGAUGUGAGUCGAAUAAGAGUGUUUGGAUGCGUUGCCUACGCACACAUCGAUAAACAUCUUCGCUCGAAACUGGAUGGGAAAAGUAAAUCAUUGGUUAUGAUAGGGUAUGCCCCGAUGGGGUAUCGGCUGUGGGACGAUGACGAGAGGAAGGUCGUUGUGUCAAGGGACGUAAUUUUCGACGAAUCGUCUUUUCCCUUCAGCAGUUUCCAACCGACACUACCUAAAGAAUCGCGUAAAGACUUUUGUGUGGCCGACAUACCAGUACUGGAAUCCGCUGAUCCAAUUAAUGCUUUGGAAAUCCUAGAGAAUAUUGGUGGUAGUGACGAUGAAGAGGAAUUUGUAGAAGCGGAAGAUGAUGGGAACGAGAAUAAUCCAGGACGUGGUGAUGUUGAACCUAGUAAUCCUACAUUAUAGAGAUCUGCGGAGGCGGCCAUUGUAAGCCAAUCGUGCAGAAAGAACUGUCAAAGUGUGAGCCAAAUGAACAGGCUGAUCGUUUGUAAGAAGGCGUCGAUUGAACGGUAUUGCAAUCCGAACUAAAUAAAUUAAAAUUAUUUAUUUUUAGUAUCGAGAAAUUGACGGUAUAUGUAAGUUUAGAAAAAAGAUAGAAUUUAAUUAAUUCUGCUUUCAAAAGCUCAAGCUUAUGACGAAACUUUUGUUGCUGCACUUCUCGAAAAAACUUUCAUUGCUGCUUCUUGCUUCAUUUCUGCCGAUAUUUCAUCGAUUGCUCCGCUAUUUUUUUUUCAAAAUUUUGAAAAAAAAAAUCUACCAUAAUUAGAAAAUGUAAACAAAACAACUUGAACCACUACGAAGUCACGCACAAAGUUUGAACAUCUAGCUUUGAAUCAAGUGUUGGCAGCUGAUGUAAACAAAAUGAACAGCGUUGCCGAAUCGACAUAUGUAACUUCCGCUUAUCUCUAUGUAGAGGAUUUCUAGUUGAACCUAUGUCUCAACGCCACAGUCAGAGGAUGACUCAUCGCCCAAAUUGGCUCCGUGACUACGAAACUAGUUUCGUACUAUUGCAUAGACCUAAAUAUUCCCACGCACUCCGAUAUUCAAAGUCAAUUCAACUGAAACAAAAAUGCAUUUUCACCCCACAUUCCCAACAGCUGCCCGGGGGAUUUUAGAUUCAAUUUUCAUCGUAGGGUCUACCUACCUCACGCGCGGCAUAUUGGAAGCAACGAAAAUCGCACCAUUCGUUAUUGAUCUAGUUUUUAUAACCCAUCAUCGUCCGGUGGUGGCCGGGUGCGAUCGUGUUGCAACGCGUUAGGUCCGGUCGGUGUGAAGCAAUUUCAAUUACGCUUGGGACAACGAUGGGUAAUAAACCCGAAAGAAUGAUAUGGAACCGCGACAUCAUAUUGAUCGCGCUGGAACAAAGAUUGUUUAUUUUUGUUUCGAAAUCAAGGCGCCGAAUUGGCCGGGUAAGGUUCUGAACUCAGGUGAACCUUAGCUGGAAUGUUCUGAAAUUUGAGACACCGUAUUGGCGGCAUAGGGCGCCGGACUUGUUUUGCACUCGAUUUGUUUUGACUUCGAGUAAACUGAAAGAAAAGAAUGUGGGGGUAUAAUUUCAACGAACAUCCGAGGCGGGGCUCGGCUAGGGUUCACUGUGCCCAAGUAAGGUACACUUCAAUAACAAAGCGGGUGCUUUGUUUUGGAGACUUUGGUGCCAAAUUCCAAAGACGAUGAGGAUGAUGAUGGUGACGAUAAUGAUGAUGGGGAGAAUGAUAAUGACGUCGAUGGUGGGGUUCAAUUCUUUCACACACCCAAGCCUUGUAUACGCUCAAGUGAGGCGGGGCUAGAAGAUGUAGGCCUUUGUGUAAAGAUUCUCAGUAGGUUUUGUGCGAACACGCCCAAGUCAGGCGUGGUUAGGAGAUAUAAGUUUUUCGUUGGCAUUAAGAUUCUUGGUAGGGCUUGGGAUACGCCCAAGAUAGAAGAGUCGUGAUGUUUUCAAGAAGAGAAGGAUUUUAAUCACGAUGAGGACAAGUAGGAUAGGUAGAGGUCUAGAUUUUGGACUUAUUAGUAUUUUCAUUUGGUAGGGUCUUGGAUACGCCCAAGUUGGUUCGGGCAUUGUUGGGAAUUAUCAUGACAUCUUCGGCAAGACGAGAAUGAUCGUAGGAAUUUUAGACACGCCCAAGCUGGUUCGGGUAUUGCUAGGAAAUUUAGGCUAUAAAUACGGAGGCUUUGGCUUCAGUCGGAGUCAGUAGUCGGGGAGUUCGGUGACAACGUUAACGCAGGCAGCACAUCGGAUAAGUCUUGAGCUCCCAUGUGGGACACCUCUAGAUACUGUCCUAAGGCUGUAGGUAGGACUUAGUAGUGGUCAAGAAGAAGCUAGAAGUGUCUAGAUUGUUAAGCUUAAGUAGUUCGGUGAAGAAAUACAGAAAAUGUUAAGGUGAUAUAAGAAAAAAAGUUAAUCGUUGUAAUAUAAGAUAAGUGAUGUUUUGUGAUACUUCAAUAUACUGCCCAUAACUGCAUAACAGUCACAUUCGACAGAAGUAGGCAUUGGAGAAAAUGGAGUUUAAAGUUUGCAAAUGCGCUAGUAUAGAGACGAAACGAAAUUUCAAAAAUUUGUCAAUAAUUUAAAAUUCAUCCUUUUGCAAUGAAAUUUUCUACAGCUCUUCUUAUAUGCUGGACGAAUAGUUAAAAAAAUAAUCAGACCAAAAUAUGAUUGAUAUUACGCUUUGACACCAGUGUGUAUUUCCAGUGUGACUGUUAUGCGGUUACAUUCAUAAAUUCUAGCUAAUGAGACAAAACAACUUGGUAUUUGUUUCACAUUUUGCAGAACAAACUUAUAAAGUUCAUUUGGGUGGAUGGAAGUACUGAUGAUUGGGAGAUGAUCCCCGGUAUUAACUCAAUAUUGGCAAAAAAUGCAAAUGUUACAAAUAUGCAGUUAUGGGCAGUAUAGUUAAUUAAAAGAUUUUGUCGGACUGUAAUGAAAUGAAAGAUAUCACAUUCCGUGUAGUGUUUAAUGCAGCCCCUGGACGGUACAGGGCGCUUCAAUAUGGUGACAGCGAAAAACUGUUCGACAAUUAGAACAGCGGAACGCCAAUUUUCUGACUGGAAGAAGAAAUCAGUGUCAGAAUCAGUGCAAACCAUAAACAUUGAACAGUUUUGAACAAUUGAGAAGAAAACAAUGUUACAGACUAGAUGGAAAAGAUGAAAUUCGUGGCAGCACAAGUGAUAGUGGAAUACAACGUAGCACCAAAUUGGAAAUGGCAACGCAACAACCUGUGUAUGGAACCGAGUGUCUGGACCAAUGGACAUCAUUCAGCCUGCAUUAUUUGAUGGUUUCGUGAGUAUUAACCUUUUAAAUGAUUAAGUGGUUUGAGAUGGUUUAAAUUUUUUGUGAGUUGGUUUGAAAUGAUGAAAAAUUUUUACGAUAUAAACAAAAACAUUUUAAUUGAAAUACUGUUGUGGGAAAAAUAAAGAGGUUAUUCAAAAAUUUAAAAAAAAAAGGAAAUCAUAGUGAUUUUCAAUAAAUAAUGGAAAAAUAUAACAAGAAUAAUGAUUAAAAGAAGAACAAGUGGAUGAAAAAUACGAACAAAUAACAGUAGUUAACAAAAUCAAAGGAAAGUCGCGGACUUCUGUUAACGAUUAAAAUUAUUGAUGCAUAAUAACGCGCUGAUUUUGAGACCGUGUUUAAAAUAAGGAAACUAAGAAGUACAGUUUUUUUCUAUUAUACGAGACAAUCGCAACCAAGUUUUUUUUUUGAAUUUACUAAAAUUUAAAUAUCUUAAGUUACAAUUCACAAAUUUUCAAUAUCUUUUUGCAAUAAUAGGAAGCUGAAUGUAAUAUGUUUUGAAUAUCUGAUUUUUUUUUCUCGUCAGAUUGGAUAUUGAUAAGUGUAGGGAACAAUCGCCUUAAAUUUUAGCAAAAUAUUCAAUAAAUAAAGACAAUUUGUAUUUUUCUUUCAAAAAAAAAAAAAAUCUUUAUCAAUUAUAGCAAUGUUGAUUCAAAAUCGCCAGCUUUGCACGGGAUAUCGAAAACAUUUUCAGCUCUACUGUAUUUUUUCCCUUAUGCUUUCGAACUUAGGGCAUAAUUUUACACUAAACAUGAUUUUCAGAUGUAAACUAGCAUUACAAUGGAAUGGAAUCAAUCAAAAGUUGAAAAAAUAAUAAUAAUUUUGUAACUAUGCAGCAGACCGGCGAUAAUAAGGUCGUGGUAAUUUAAAUUUAAAAAAAAAAACUCAGUAAAAAUAUCAACAUAAAAAUGGCCACGAAUACAAUGGAUGAAAUAGGCAACAAUAGUGGAGCGAACAACGCUAGAUUUGAAUUUCCAAUAGGUUUUGCUAUACAGUGUAUUCCAGAAUUUUAUGGUAGUGCGUGUGAAUUGGAUGCUUUCAUAUAUCAAAUAAAUUGUUUUUUGGAACCCAUAAAACGGAUAACUGAUGCUAGUGAAAGGAAAAAUGCAGAAACCGUACUCAUUCAAAUUGCACUGUCUAAACUUAAAGGUCCAGCAGCGUUAAAAUUUAAAAACAUUCUUGCAAAUACUUGGAAUAAAGUGAAAGAUAAUCUCCAAAAAGAAUUCGGAAUUAGUUUACAAUUAGAAGAACUGUUUAAUAAAAUAGAGACCCUUGAACAAGGCAAGUGUGAAAGUUUUAAAAACUACAAAGAUCGCGUUCUUCAACUUAAGAGGAAUAUUGAUGAAUUCGAAAAAGAUUAUAUUAAAGAUCCUACAAUUGAGUCAUACGCUCAAAGACAUUUAAGAAUACAUUUUCUAGCGGGAUUGGAAGAUAUAAAUUUGAAAAUUUUUGCAAAAACGAAAAAAAGAAGACUCAUUGGAAGAUUUGCUAGAUUACCUACAAGAAGAAUGCAUCGAUGUGGAACAACAAGAACGCAUCGAGCAGAGAUUGAGGGAUUCCCACACUGCAGAAUUUUACAGGCAACAAAAUGAAAAACAGAAAUUCAGUAAUCCACAAUGUAUUGAUCACAACUUCCAUUACGAUAAAAGUAGAUUCAACCAGAGCGAAAUAGGUUAUGAAAAAGAUUUUAACAAUUAUAGAUAUCUAGGACAACAAGAAAUUUAUCGUGGUGAUUACCAAAUGCCUUAUUGGACCAACGGAAAUUUUGAUGAACGCAACAUGGGAAUUCAAAACAAUAACAUUUGCUAUGAUGAGCGAAAAAACUAAAUAACCGGAGGUUCGUUAAUUGCGUCCGAUCACUCCGUCAAUCAGAAAAUAAUUUAGAAAGGCGCUUAUAUGCUGCAAGUAAUAAGAAAAUGAUGCCCAUGAACAUAAAUAAGAGUUAUAACAUACCACAAAAACAAUUGGUUCAAUUUGAUAAAUGCAUUCCAGCAUAAGAAAAAGUAUUUAUACAUUGGACGGGCAACAAUCAAUUUAUGUUAAAUAUACCCACUGUAGAAAGACCAUACACAAAAAUCAAUUACAUGAUAGACACAGGCUCACAACUAAACAUAUUAAGAUGGGAUGCAGCCCCUAGAAUCGGAGCAACAGACAUAGAUUAUUCUGAAUCUGAAAAGUUUUUGAUUUCGGGAUUCAAUGAAAGUCAAACAAGAACGCUCGGAUCUACUGAAGUUAGUUUAAUAAUUGGGAAGUCUAAGUAUAAGAUAAAAUUUUAUUUAGUUCACCACUUAAAUGUACAUGGUAUCAUAGGAGCAGAAUUUUUGAAACAGCAUACAUUAUAUAUUAGCCAGAACUUUGAUUACAUAGCCCUACGCAAGCCAGAUAGUGUAGAAUAUAAUAUUAACAAUAUUACUACAACAAAGUACGUAAUGGUAUCAGAUAAAUCUUGUCAGACUGAUCUACAAGAUAAUAGUAAUUAUAUACAAUAUGAUAACAAUGACAAAAGCUGUCAAGUAAAUUUUGAUAAUGAUGAAGUCAUACAUGAUGAAAUAGUUACACAGCCAAUCGUACCGAAAAAAGAUUAUUCAUGCAAUAUGUGCCUUUAUGAGAAGUAUUAUGAGGACGAGGAAUGUAUAAAUCAACAUUUCGAUGAAGAAUUUGAUAAUAAUGGAUGUUGGAAUAAGAAUGUAGAGGCCGGGAAUCAAUAUACGCCGGAGGAUUUAGAUUCCAACCAUGAUCUAAGUUUGACAGAUAAUUUGAAUUAUGAACAAAUACAAGGUAAAAAUCGUAUCGGAAAAUUACUAGAUACAAUUGAUUUGAAGCAUUUGAAAAGCGCUAAUUACGACGCAAUGGAAAAUAUAAUGGCAAGAUAUAGUGAUGUAUUUUAUUUGAAAGGGGAUCACCUGACAGUAACAGAUGCAGCAGUACAUGAAAUUGAAACAUCGACUAAUGUUCCAAUAAAUAAAAGGCAGUAUAGGUUCCCUGAAUCAACAAAGAAACAAAUUAAUGAGGAAAUUGAAGAAAUGCGUCGGCAAGGGAUUAUUAGGCCCAGUAAAAGUCCUUGGAAUGCACCUGUUUUAUGCAUACCAAAGAAAGAUUUAGACGAAGAAGGAAACAAAAAGCAUAGAAUCGUGGUAGAUUUUAGGGCAUUGAAUUUGAUAACUAAACCAUUUGUGUUUCCGAUUCCACAAAUAAAUGAAAUAUUGGAUAGCCUAGGUGAUAGCAAAUACUUUUCAAUAAUUGAUCUGAAAUCUGGAUUUUAUCAAGUUCCUAUAGACCCAAGAGAUGCUGCAAAAACUGCAUUUUCUACACCCAAAGGUCAUUUUGAAUUCACGAGAAUGCCUAUGGGGCUUAGAAACAGUCCCUCAACUUUUCAAAGACUGAUGAACACAGUUUUAUUUGAAAUUGAAGAUGUUAAAUCAAUCGUUUAUUUGGAUGAUAUCAUUGUUUUUGGAAGAACAAUUCAAGAGCAUAACGAGAAUCUGAUUAAAGUUUUGAAAGCUCUUCGUAAACAUAAUUUAAAAAUUGAACCAACAAAAUGCCAAAUUUUGAAAACCGAAUUGAAAUUUUUAGGACAUACAGUUGAUAAAAAUGGUAUUCGUCCGCUCGAUGGUAAUAUUAAGGCUAUACGAGAAAUGGCAAUACCAAAAACUGUAAAAGGAGUGCGAUCAUUCUUAGGAACAGUAAACUUCUAUGGAAAGUUUAUACCAGGAAUUGCAGAAAAACGAAAACCUCUGAAUGAUCUAUUGAAGAAAAAUGUUAAAUUUAACUGGACCUCAGAGUGCCAGAAAGCAUUUGAAGAAUUGAAAAACAUUUUAACGUCUGACUCUUUGCUAGUGAGACCAAAUUACAAAGACACAUUUGUUUUAACGACAGAUGCCAGUGAAUACGCUAUUGGGGCAGUUUUAUCGAAUGAGAAAUCAAUUGACAGACCCAUAGCUUACGCUAGUAGGGGACUUAUUGGAGCAGAACGAAAAUAUCAUACAAUUGAGAAAGAAUUACUGGCCAUAGUAUGGGCAGUGAAUUAUUUCCGUCAUUAUAUCUACAAUCAGAGGUUUAUUGUUUACACAGAUCAUAGACCAUUGAUCUCAAUAUGGCAUCUAAAAGAAACUUCAUCAGUCCUCACACGUUUGCGUUUGAAAUUGCAAGGAUUGGAAUGCGAUAUUCGAUACAAACAAGGAAAGGAUAACGUUGUAGCGGAUUUUCUCUCUAGGCUAAAUCCAGACAAUGAAUCAGAAGAGCAGAGUCAUCCAGCCGAUGAAAUUAAAACCGUAAGGUCGAAAUUAAUUGCUGUGGUCACCCGACAGCAAACGAAAAGAGCAGAACAAGAAAACGUAUCCAACCAAAAACACCGCGACCGCGAUCAAGCGAACAAACAGCUGAUGAAAAACUACACCGUUUCUGGCGACAAUAACGGGGGCGCGAUCGCUGACCGGGACCAUGAAAGCGAGGGAACCAAAACAAAAACGCAAAAGAUGACCUAUAUGAAUGAUAGCGUAAAUAAUAAUUGCACGGGUUCCGACCUACGAGGCAUAAACAAGGUGUCAAAUUCACCUCCAGCAAGUACGAGCGCAGUAUCGGACGAGGCUGAAAUUGAGGAAUCCAUUAUGGCCGACGUUUUCGAUUUAUGCAAUAACACGCACACUAAUGACACAUUUGCGGCAAGCGCAUAUGAUGAAUUUUUAGAGAUGUUCAAGAAUAAUCCAAUUGAUGUAAACCGAUUAAAAAUUUCUAGGAAUUUGAAAAAUGCAGAUGCUGAUUGUAACAUUGUAAUUUUGAAUAGCAGAUCCGCAUUUAAUGAAAUUUCAAAAAUUAUUGAUUUACCCCAUGGACUGAAAGAUUUUUGCGAAGAUGGAGUUGUUUCUAUUCCAGAUAGCAAAUUAUUCGGAAUUAUUGUGGAAGGCAAAAGUAAUUCAAUGAUUAAUACAAAAACAUUCUUUUACAAACUUAGCAAUUGCUUGAAUCAAAAUAAAGCGCUGAUAGCAGCGUCCAAAAUUAUUCAUAUGAUUUCGUUCAGAAAGAUUAAACAAUUUGAAGUACUUGAGAUAAUUCAAUUUU